AUGUCCAACUUCCAGAAUACCACAUCCUCUUCCAUCAUUUUCCUGCUAACUGGUGUUCCUGGGCUGGAAGCCUUCCACAUCUGGAUCUCCAUUCCCUUCUGCUUUCUCUAUAUAACUGCCCUCUCAGGAAACAGCCUGAUUCUCUUUGCCAUUGUCACUCAGCCCAGCCUUCACGAACCCAUGUAUUAUUUCCUCUCCAUGCUGUCCACCACUGACCUCGGCCUGUCCAUCUCCACCCUAGUCACCAUGUUGGGUAUAUUCUGGUUCAAUGCCCGGAAGAUCAGCUUUAAUGCCUGCUUGUCACAGAUGUUCUUUAUUAAACUCUUCACUGUCAUGGAAUCCUCAGUGCUGUUGGCCAUGGCCUUUGAUCGUUUUGUGGCCAUCUCUCAUCCUCUCAAGUAUGCAACCAUUUUAACUGACUCCAGGAUAGCUCAAAUUGGAGUAGCAAUUGUCAUCAGGGGGACACUUAUGCUGACACCAAUGGUAGCCCUUCUGAAAAGACUGUCGUACUGCCGCAGCCUCGUGCUACACCACUCCUACUGCUUCCACCCCGAUGUGAUGAAGCUCUCCUGCACAGACACCAAGAUCAACAAUGCGGUGGGGUUGACAGCCAUGAUCUCUACUGUUGGGGUGGACUCAAUCCUCAUCCUCCUGUCUUAUGUUUUGAUCAUUAAGACUGUCCUCAGCAUUGCAUCCCCAGAAGAGAGAAAGAAAGCUUUCAGCACAUGCAUCUCCCAUAUUGGGGCUGUUGGUAUUUUCUAUAUUCCAUUGAUCAGUCUAUCCUUUGUUCACAGAUUUGGAAAACAGGCCCCACCAUAUGUACAUACUAUGAUUGCUAACACCUACCUGCUGAUCCCACCUGUGAUGAACCCCAUCAUCUACAGUGUGAAGACCAAACAGAUACGUAGAGCUGUGAUAAAAAUUCUCCAUUCCAAAGACAUAUAA